CCGAAGCUUCGUUGUGUCAACACAUCCCGUCCCGUCCAUCCCCAUCGUUCGUCUGAAAAAUAGCCUUCACACGAAACUACACAUAUCAUUUACACACACACAAACACACACAAUGCUCUCUAGGAUAACACAACGUAUGGCCUUAAAGAGGGCGCUGGCGAGGCCUUCCCCUUGCGCCAAGGGCCGCGCUCAACCCCAGAGGAGAUCUCUCACAUCGGCACCCAGGCCUGGCGAUGGUCCGUUGAUGGAGAGGCGAGCUGAUCGCGAACUUCCUGACGUCCAAACCUCCCGCUUCCGCUGGUCCCGCACCUUCCCCAUCUUCUUGGGCAUCGUAGCCGCCACCUCGAUCGCCAUCUUCAACUACCAGAAACUCUCUUCCCCCGUGGUCGAGUCAACCCUCUAUGCGCUGCGCACGAACCAGCGCGCGCGCGAGUACCUGGGCGACGAGAUCUACUUCAAGGCGCAGAUUCCGUGGAUCUCGGGCGAGAUGAACCAGCUGCACGGCCGCAUCGACAUCAAGUUCAAUGUCAAGGGCACCAAGCGCACGGGCGUGAUGCGCUUUGCCAGCUUCCGGCCCACGCCCCGAGGCAUGUUCGAGACGACCGAGUGGAGUCUGGAGACGGAGGACGGCAAGGUCAUUGACCUGCUGGAGGAGGGCGAUCCCUUCAGAGCUAUCAACGGCCGUGCAAUGGAGCCUGAGCUGGAUGAUGAUGCAGAGGAUGCGAAGGUCAGGGGCUUUAGGCAGAUGCCUAAGUAAUCGUUUUGGGGUGCUCUUAAGGAGGGAAUAGUUUUGAAAAAGAGAGGAUGUAUAUGAGAACCGGGAAAGGUGGUGGUUUCUUCCCCCCCAAACAGGAUGAGCUGAAGGACAGAAUCGUGGUCUGGCUCUCUGAUUGAAUACCCAAAGGCUGUCAAGGAGGGAUAUGUAAGAUAUAGGGAGAGAACAUACGAACCUAUCACGGGCAAGGGUUGUAUGUUCAAGUUGUUAUACAUUUUCGGUAGCUGUACAUUGUAACACCCCACGAUGCGUGUGUAUCAUACAAGAGAGAACUAAAAAAGAGAAACCGGGAAGGCUAUACCAUACAUUCCCUUCCAUAAACCUAGUACAAACACAUACUACAGACCAGACAGCCCCCCUCUCUUAAGCCGAAGCCUCUACCGCAGCAUUUCCAUCCGCCUUCUCUGUCAGCCCAUUCUUGAUGAGCGAAUCUAUCAGGCCCUGUCUCCUCGCCUCCUUGAGCUCCAAGUGCAACUUCCUCGCCGCCUGCAACUUCUCCUCCGCAUCGGGGAACCGCUCGUUGAGGAGCUGCUUGGUGGCCUCGACAAACUCCUCCGGGGGAGGAGCCUUCUUGACAGCAUCCUGAACCUUGACAACCGCACCCUUGUGACCAGCGACCGCGCCCUUGACCACCACGAUGCCGAGCUCGUUGUCCACCAUCAGAAUGGGCAGGUUCUGGACCGUGUGCUGCUGCGCGCCCAUGCGACCGGGCAUCUUCUUGCCAGGCAACACACGCGAACCGGAGCCCUGCGAACCACCGACGGAACCAAUGGUACGGUGGUUCAGCGAGUUACCGUGCGACGCCUCCUGACCGGCGAAGCCGUGACGCUUCAUACCACCGGCAAAACCCAUACCGCGCGUGAUGCCGCGCACGUCCACCACCUGGCCGACGUGGAACCAGUCCGGAAACAGCUGGACGCCGACCGGCAACAGACCGUCCUGGUUGCGCACCUUGAACUCGGCGAGCGUCUGCUUGGGCGGGAUGCCCUUGGCCUCGUAAUAGCCGAGCUGCGGGGCGCCCACGUUUUCGGCGCGGCGCUCGCCCAGGCCAACCUGGACGGCCCAGUAGCCGUUCUUGGCGCGCGUCUUGUUGGCGACGACUUGGACCCGGUCGAGCUGCAGGACGGUGCAGGGGAUGCGGGCGCCGGUGCGGCCCAUGAAGACGGUCAUGCCCUUCUUGACAGCGAGCACGCCGGUGCGCAGGGGUGUAGUCUUCUCGCGGCGCUUGAGGGCAGCGGCCGGGCCCGAGGUGGGCGCCGGAAGACCCUGCGUCACUUGGUUGAAUCGUGUGGGCCUGCUGCGCUUCGGGAGCGUGCUCCAGCCGUACUUGACGCCGCGCUUUGCGAUCUGAGGGAGGAGGGAGGGAAAGACGGUCGAUGGCGAGGAGGCGGAGAAGGUGGGUGUGGUCCGGCCGGCGAGGAGGAGGGAGCUGGCGGCGGUGGUUGUGGUGUGGGUGGCUGACCUCUCGACGAGGGAGAGCUGCCUCCAGCAGCGCGCGGGCAGCCGGGGCGCCAUCGUGUGUGUGUAUAAGUCUGAGGGGAGGGUUGGGUGGUGUUGUGUUGCUUUUGGUGGGGUUGGUCGCAGUCAAUUGGACCUGACGGUGUUCGUUGUAUCGAUGUCGGGGCCCCGGAGCGUCGAGUGGGGGAAUUUGAAAGGACACCGG